AUGAAGAAGACGAAGGAUUUGGCACCUAUAGCGAUUCCACAUGGACCACCUGUGGAAUGCACUGCGGAGUACUUUAAAUCUAAGAUGGAAAGUGCAAGUAUAGUUAAGAAAUAUCCAGUAUGGGAUGUCGCACGACCAACACCACAAGUGCUACUGGAGCAAGCUCGCCGCGAUCUCAUGGAGGCAGACGAAGAACUAGCACUGAAAAGAAUAGAAGAGCAGAAAAACAGAGCGAUCAUGGACGAAAAGUGGGAGGAUCUACGAAAGAAAGAGUUGUUGCUCAAAGAAUCUUUUAUCAGCUUCAAUAAAUUUAUUCGCGAAAAUCAAGAGAAGCGCGACAGAGCAGAACGUAAGAUGGUUGCGGACACUGAGGUGUUAGAACGCAAAACAAAAGAAACAGAAGCUAUGCGUCAAAGGGUCAUAGAAAUGGAAGAGGUCAAGCAGAUGAUGGAAAAACAAGUUAAGGACUAUACUAUAUACGAAGAUUACCUGAUGUCUGUGGUGAACAACUACCCCGAGUUCAAGCAGCCCCUCGACGUCCUCAAUAGAUAUGAAGCACUAGCUGCGGCGAAGUCUACACUGGCCGAGCGUCAAGAGCGUGACUUAGAGAUGUUGGAGGAAGCCCGACAGGAGAUCGCUUCACUUACUGAGGAGAAGAAACUUUUCAUCAUGGGCCUAAACAAUACGCUCGCGGACUUGAGAUGGCGCUACGACCAAAUACGCAAUCGUGUCAUAAAAUGGGAAUUAGCUCUGAACCGCCUUAAAGAAACUGCAGCUGCUCGUCAUGUGGAAUUGUGCCACGUCCGAUCUGCCAUCUGGAGCUUGUACGUGAAGAUUUGCAAGCACAAGGGUCUCACCAUAGACGUGGACACGGAUGACUUUGAGUCACAACUUGUCGUCAUAAUGAGAGCGCUGCUGGAACUGAGAAGGAUUUAUAAAAUUGCUCAAAGACGAUCAAGGGAUAAAGAUUGUGAAUCAAUGGCGACUAAUUAA